AUGUUGGGACUGAGUGUGGAGCAGCAUCGAGCUGACAUGAACCGUUUGCUGGCCAUUCUUUUCCACCAGGGAGUGUUGGACGAGCAGUUCUUGCAGCUCCAGCACUUGCAAGAUGAAUCUUCCCCCAACUUUGUGUCUGAAGUUGUCACCAUCUAUUUCCACGAGUCCGAGAAGCUCCUCCGCAACCUCAGAGCUUUGCUAGUGGAUAAGGAGCUAUCCGACUACAAGAAGAUGGGAAUCCAUUUGAAUCAAUUGAUGGGAAGCAGCUCCAGCAUCGGUGCUCAACGCCUCCGUAACGUCUGCAUCGCCUUUCGGGCCGCUUCCGAGCUCAACAACCGCCCCGGAUGCUUAAGGGCUUUGGAGCUGUUAGAAUAUGAAUACUGUUACCUCAAAAACAAGCUGCAUGAAUACUUUCAGAUUGAGCAGCAGAGAAUGCUAGCAGCUGCAGUGAGAUAUCCUGCGCCUCAGCAACACACAGACAAUCCUCAAGGCUGAAGUGAUCUCAAAUUUCAAUGGCAUCAAAAAGUGAUAGAAAAGUGGGGGAAGAUAGUGACAGAAUUUCACCUGCAUUGAAUGCAUGCAGCAGAGAUAAAUUCCCUUUUUUCUUGAAUGGGUAUUUAAUUGAGGCAGCAGCUGCUUCUGAUAACAAAUCUCACUUCCAAGAAACUAGGUUUUCAGCUUUUUUUUUUA